CCAAACAAAAACAUCGUGAUUAGGAACCAUGAAGGCCGAGGAGAGAAUAGUCUCAUUUUCUCUAUCUGAGAAUAUCAUGUAAACGUUCUCUCUUGGUGCUGCUAGGGCAGCUUAGGCUCUUUGGAAAUUUUUGACGCGAUUGAAUAUUAUGGGAGCGAAGCAAUCCAGCCACAAUGGGCGAACAAACGCACGCAACGUCGGCAACGGAGCUGUUGCGACCGCCGGCUUACCAGAGACUUCAAGGGUUGUUGCGCUGGAUCCGAGAAUACGAACUCGUUCAUUAAACAAUGUUGGACAUUCUUUAUCGAUUCCUGGCCAUUCGGCUUCCUUUCAGGAGUCUGAUUUGUCUUCUUCGCCAGAGGAUAACUCUCCGUCGCCGCGAGGACUUGCCCUGCAGGGAGCGCACUCGCUCCCUUCGCAUUUGUUCGCUUACACUACGUUUUUAAACGGGGUGAAAUGUCCCGUCUGCUCGAAAGUAAUUUUGGCUGAAGAUAUUGAGCUUCAUCUGGUAAUUUGCCUCACCAAGCCUCGAAUUACGUACAACGAGGAUGUGCUUAAACAAGACAAUGGAGAGUGUGUCAUAUGUUUUGAAGACUUGAGUAUAGGUGAUACUAUAGCAAGGCUGCCUUGUUUGUGUGUAUAUCAUAAGAGUUGUAUUGACAAUUGGUUCCAGGUGAACAGGUCAUGUCCUGAACAUCCAACAAAUUAGUAAUGCUAUGCACGUUCCUCAAGAAUUUGCAGAAUAUAACAAGUUUACAGUAGCUUAGGUAUUGUGGUGUUUUCAAACAGCAUUGGAAUUUGGACCAUUAGGAGAAGAAGCUGAUUUGCUGUUUAUUGAAAGUAGUGCCUUUCUCAUAGAUGAUUUUUUUUGUUAUUGAAACCUGUGCUGAAGGCAAUCCAGUUCAACCUCAAUCCCAUGGCAGCAAAAUGUUUUGGCAACAUUUUUGAUUAAUGGGGAGCACUUAAUUUGGUUUCUUAAAUUAACUCUGGGAGUGUUCUACAACUGUGUGCUACAAGAGGCCUUUUGUAGGAAAGGUGGAAAGCAAAUAAUAUAUUUUCUGGACUACAACUAAAACAUGUUUUUUAGAAUACUUUCAACUUUUAAGAAAUAGAAGACUGUUUCCUUGUUUUAUAAAUUCAGUGGAUAAAAUGUUGUGUAUUAUUGGUAUUGCAUGAGGUAGGCCCUUCACAAAAUUAUUAGAUUAAAUCAUAUCAUUCACGAGUAGCACACAAAAAAAGUUGUUGUCUUGCUGUGUUGUGGUUUUGCAAUAAGAACAGUGUUGUUGCUUUUUGGCUGUACAGCAGCUGAAUAUUAUUUUAACAUGUAGAUGUAUAUGUAGAUAUAUUUUAGUAACUAUAAUUGCUAUUCUUAUAGAUUUAAAAUUGAUAUGUGACACAAUUCUAUGAUCAGGACUACCACUCAUUUUGCUGUUCCCUGAAGAAAAGCUGGACAAAGUUUUAAUUGAAAUUUUUUUUAAAAUUCCAAACAUCCUCAUGAGGCAUUAAGAUAGGUAACACUAGAAGGCCAUUGCUACAAGGUACAAAUUAUCAUCAGUUGGCAAUAUUUUCAGGUUAUAUUUCUUUGGCUAUAUCUGAUCAUUUGUUGCUUCUCAGGUGCAAUUAUAAAUGCCAUUUGUUUCAUCUGUUAUGUACAAUUUCUAUUUUAUUUCACGUUACGCUUCAUCAAUCUGUGAUUUUUAAACAAUUAUAGAAAAAAUUUCACUCUAAAGAAUUUAAACAAUGCUGAGUAGAGGUAAAA